UAGAUGGCUCCUUUCCUUAGUACGUAAACCGCCACGUUGUUUUUGUAUAUGUGUAAGAUUUAGAUACGUCUCAAAGUAAACAGUUUGUUGAAUAAACGUAGGUAAAUAUAUAGCACUUGAUUUUAAUCAGUUCCCUAGAAUGGGGUCUAUACUUUAUUUAAAUCAGAUUUUUUAUUUGUGUUGUUUCUUUCAAUUUACGGAGGUUAUGCAUAGCGUAGGCGCUGUCGAGUUGACUUUUGAAUUACCUGAUAACGCCAAGCAGUGUUUUCACGAAGAAAUAACCAAAGAUACUCUGUCUACAGUAGAGUUCCAGGUUGUUACAGGUGGGCAAUAUGAUGUGGAUAUGAGUCUAGAAUCUCCAACUCGACAGAUUCUGUACAAAGGGAUUAAGAAACAGUUUGAUAGUUUUACAUGGACGGCUGCCCAGACAGGUGUAUAUACUGUGUGUUUCAGUAACGAGUUUUCUACCUUUAGCCACAAGCUAGUGUACAUGGACUUUCAAGUGGGGGAUGAGAAACCUCUCCCAGGGGUGGGAGAACAUCUUUCAGCCAUGACAAAGAUGGAAUCUUCAAGCAUCCAGGUUCAUGAGAAUUUAAACACAAUUAUUGAUUAUCAGACACAUCAUCGGUUACGUGAAGCUCAAGGUCGAAAGUUUGCAGAGGAUCUGAAUGCUAAAGUAUUUUAUUGGUCCAUUGGUGAAGCUUUAGCCAUUCUCUGUAUUGGUAUUGGCCAGGUCAUCAUUUUAAAAAACCUUUUCACUGAUAAAAAGACUGUUAGCUUCACAUGAAAUUCUUUGAAUUGUUAUGAAAUAAUGGGACUUACUGCCACAGUAUUUUCUACUGUAAGGAAAGAUUUUGGCCUGUGGAGAAGAAUAUGAUACAUGAUAUAUAUACAUAUAUAGGAAUGGUAGUACAGCCCAAUGUGAUAUAUAAGUGGAAACUCAAUAUAAAUUAAAGUUUACAUAUUUGCAAGUAUGUUUAAUUUUGACUUGUCCUGUAAUGUUUUAUAUGUACCCAAACCCACCUGAAAAAUUAAGUACAUUUAUAUUUCCAGCUGAUUUUAGGUUCAUAUUGAUACCAUAAAAUUAAAAACAGCAUUACCUUGGUGAUUACAGAACAACUUAUUUUUUUUUAAUAUUUCUGAGAUACUUAUAUUAAAAUUUGGUAACUGAGGAAUUGUUACCAGCCAUUUUUAAUUUUGUUCUUGGACUGCUAAAAUAUUUUUAAUUAAAAAAAUAUGAAUUAAGAAUAUUGUGAAAUAUUAUGUGAGCAUAGUAAAAGUUUUGAUUAAAUUCAUUUUUUACCCAAGAAAAAUUGUUAUUUAAUUUUGAUGGAUGAAAAGUAUAUAAAAUAUUAGUCAAGCACGUUUUCUUUAAAUGGAAUUUUGAAAUGUUUUUCAAGAAACUUAUAUUUUUCAAAUACUUAGUUGUUAGCAUAAAUGUGAUGGAAAUGUUAAGCUGAAAUUCACUUUUCUGUAACUUACAGAAAUUUGUCAUGUGUAUGCUCUUUUAUUAUUUUUCUGUCUAUUCUUUAAAAGUAUAUUUUCAUGCUCAAAAAAUAUUUCUUUAGCUUUUUACUUUGUUCAUUAGUUACUCUUCCUAAGAGGAUUGUUAAUUUUUAAGAUAAUUCAUUAUGAACUUUUUCUUAAAAUCUUUGUUUAAAAAAAUUAACAGUAUGUUAACUAAGUGUAUUAGAACUGCUUAUGACUCAGUUUUUAUAUAACUUUAUUACAUAAAUCUCCCAUUAUGUAAUAUUUUUAUUUCAUCUUGCAAUACAGAGAGUUUAUAGUGAGGUUCAGUAAAAUUGGUCUAUGGUAACUUAACACAAAGCAAAAUUAAACAAUACAAUUUCUAAUAAGUUAAAUACUUCCAUAAAUUUACAAUAUUUUAUAUCCAUUACAAGUUCAGCAUGUUUCUAGUUCUAGUGGCUUUUAAAAUCAACAUAAUGUAUUUUUUAAAGUAAAAUCACCAAUUUUCUAGAGGCAAGUAGUCUAUAAAUGUCUACUCUGGAAACCCUGUAAGUGCCAUGAUUCACUUAUAUUGUGUAGAAAUGUUAGAUUUGAACUUGCAUAUAAGUUAUGUAUCACAAAAAUAAAUUUGGUAAGCUAUUUUGUUAAACCUAUCAAAAUUUAUCUUUAGGUUUAAAGUGGAUAAAAUACUCUGCACAAAGACUGUUAGGGUAGGCCUGUUUCAUUUUUUUCAUACACACACAUUUCAAAUGUAUUGUCUGAGGUUGAACUGUUGUACUAGCAGUGGAAGUCCUGCAUUUACAAACAAUAAAUUGGUUAUAUAUUUGUCA